AGCCAGAAGUAAAGAGGCCGAGACAGAGGCGUGGUAUCGUUUUGCGGCGGUUUGGUGUGUGACAGUGUGUGCCUGUGUGUGGUUAGCCGCGACCGUCAUCGGCGCGGGUGUGUUUUGCCGGAAUAAGAGCGAUCGGUGGUGCCGGAAUCAUGCUUGGACGUCUCCCCGCGUGUGUCAUCGACGUGGGCACAGGGUACACGAAAUUGGGAUUCGCUGGCAAUAAGGAGCCCCAACUAACUAUACCGUCAGCGAUCGCCAUCAAAGAGACGACCAAAGUCGGCGAUAAUAAUGCGAGGAGAAUUACGAAGGGCGUGGAGGACCUGGACGCCUACAUUGGGGACGAGGCUUUCGAAGCCACCGGAUAUUCGGUUAAAUAUCCAGUGAGGCAUGGACUAGUGGAGGAUUGGGACUUGAUGGAGAAAUUUUUACAACAAUGCAUCUUCAAGUACCUCAGAUCAGAGCCCGAGGAUCAUUACUUCCUCUUAACCGAACCACCUUUGAAUACGCCAGAGAAUCGGGAAUACACUGCGGAAAUUAUGUUCGAGUCAUUUAACGUGCCGGGACUUUACAUAGCUGUGCAAGCCGUUCUCGCCUUAGCAGCCUCGUGGACAGCUAAGAAUGUGGAGGACCGCACUUUGACUGGCGUUGUCGUCGAUAGUGGAGACGGUGUAACCCACGUGAUUCCAGUAGCGGAAGGUUUCGUCAUAGGAAGUUGUAUAAAGCACAUUCCUAUCGCUGGUCGCGAUAUCACCUACUUCAUACAGAGUCUGCUGAGGGAACGAGAGAUUGGGAUACCUCCUGAGCAAUCGUUAGAAACAGCCAAAUCGAUCAAAGAGAAAUACUGUUACAUAUGUCCAGAUAUAUCGAAAGAAUUCGCCAAAUAUGAUAGCGAUCCCACAAAGAUAAAAAAAUACGACGGUAUCAACAAUAUCACAAAGCAACCUUUUGUGGUGGAUGUCGGAUACGAAAGGUUCCUUGGACCGGAAAUAUUUUUCCAUCCCGAAUUUUCCAAUCCGGACUUUACAACGCCGCUCAAUGAAAUUGUUGACGAUGUGAUACAAAACUGCCCAAUCGACGUCCGAAGACCACUGUACAGUAAUAUCGUGUUAUCGGGUGGCUCCACCAUGUUCAAAGACUUUGGUAGACGAUUACAACGAGAUAUCAAAAAGAUCGUCGACUCGCGCCUCAAGCUUAGUGAAACGUUAAGUGGCAGCCAUAUUACGCCAAAACCAAUAGACGUUCGUGUAAUAUCGCAUCACAAGCAACGUUGCGCGGUAUGGUAUGGCGGCGCUUUAUUAGCCAGCGAUCCAGAAUUUUACACAGUUUGUCACACGAAGAAAGCGUACCAGGAGUAUGGUCCUGGAAUUUGUCGUUAUAAUCCCGUAUUUCACAGUAUGGUUUAAGAAAUAAAUGGGACGAGCACGACGAUCGAAAUCAUUUUUAAGAGUAUUGUCACUUAUGAAUGUAAGGAUUCUCUGUUUACUUCGAAUUUACUUCGUUUUUCUAUGGUGCUAUAAAUGCAAUUAAAAAUAAUUCAAAGAUUCUGACUUGUUUGUAUGGACUUAAUCUUCUGUAUUUUUUUUUUUUUACAGAAUUAUGUCAGAUAUUUGAGUCAGCAUGACUUGAAUUUACGAUUAGAUUAUGAAAAUUAAUGUACGUUUAUUUCUGUUUUUGGAAUUUAAUCAUCAUUCAGGAUAUAUAGUAUAUGACUGUAUACACUUGAUACGCAUUUCCAUAGAAUUUACUAUGUAUUUUUAUUUUUGCGAUAUAGUAUAUUUAUUAUAUUUACAAGUCUUUAAAAAAUGCAUAUAUAACAGAUUUAUGAUGUUAUAAUAAUUAUUUUGUCGUUUAAUAUAUAGUGGUGCAUAUAAUAAUGCAACACUACUUACUAUAUUCAGAAACAAUUUUACACUGAACAAAAACUCUAACAAAAUUUUAUACAUACAAUUUCUUUAUACAUGAAAUCAAAUGAAUGCUGGAAUAAUCUUCUUAGACUAUAGUAUGUACCAACUAAUUUUUUGCAUUUUUACAUGACUAUUUAAAAGGACAUAUGUGUAUUACUUAAAAUUGUUAGAUUGGAUAGGUUUCUUUUGGCGUUGAGUUCCACACAAUUAAAGAAGGUUGUUGUUACGCGUGGUCAUCAUUCUCCUCGCUAAAUAAACAAAAAGUAUAAUCAA